AUGAUGUUAAAUGACACGCUUCCUGCAGCCAACUCUUCGUCGUUCUUAUCCCCGCAGUUACGUCACGACGGAUCAAACAGCUACCGGCUCAUGCAGCUCGGGUGCCUGGAGUCCGUGGCCAACUCCUCGGUCGCCUACUCCUCCUCCUCCCCGCUCACCUACCCGGCGCCGGCGGGCACGGAGUUCGCGUCUCCGUACUUCUCGGCCAACCACCAGUACACGCCCCUGCACCACCAGUCCUUCCACUAUGAGUUCCAGCACUCGCACCCGGCCGUGGCCCCGGAGGCCUACGGGCUCAACUCGCUGCACUCGGGCCAGUACUACCAGCAGAUCCACCACGGAGAGCCCGCGGACUUCAUCAACCUGCACAGCGCGCGUUCGGCGCUCAAGUCGUCGUGCUUGGACGAGCAGCAGCGGCGGGAGCUGGGCUGCCUCGACGCCUACCGCCGCCACGACUUGUCGCUCAUGACGUCACACGGCUCGCAGGCCUACGGCGUCGGGAUGCACCACGCCGACCAGAGACUGCUGCCGGCGGCCGGCCUGGGCCUCCCUUCUGCCGCGGACGAUCUGCAGGGCUCCGUGGAAGCGCAGUGUGGGCUCAUGCUCAACGGCCAGGGGGGCGUCAUCCGCAGAGGGGGAACGUGUGUGGUGAACCCGACAGAUCUGUUCUGCUCGGUACCGGGUCGACUGUCACUGCUCAGCUCCACCUCCAAGUACAAAGUCACCAUCGCCGAGGUGAAGAGACGACUGUCACCGCCGGAGUGCCUCAACGCCUCACUGCUGGGUGGAAUACUGCGCAGAGCCAAGUCAAAGAACGGCGGCCGGUGUCUUCGGGAGAAAUUAGACCGCCUCGGCCUCAACCUGCCGGCGGGGCGGAGAAAAGCUGCCAAUGUCACGCUGCUGACCUCCCUGGUGGAGGGAGAGGCGCUCCACCUGGCAAGAGACUUUGGCUACACCUGCGAGACAGAAUUUCCCAGCAAGGCGGUCGGCGAGCAUUUGGCCCGGCAGCACAAUGAGUCGAAAGAAAACAACGCGCGGAAGAAAAUGGUUCUGGCUACAAAGCAAAUCUGUAAGGAAUUCCAAGACUUAUUGAGUCAAGAUCGUUCUCCUCUGGGAUCCUCCAGACCAACACCUAUCCUGGACUUGGACAUCCAGAGACACCUCACACAUUUCAGUCUCAUCACUCACGGUUUCGGCACACCGGCUGUUUGUGCCGCUCUCAGCACUUUCCAGACAGUCCUCAGCGAGAUGCUCAACUACCUGGACAAAAGCUCCAGCGGGAAAACAAGCGGACCCAACGACCAGCAGAUCAACGGCAGCUCGGAAAAGUCGCAGCUCCGCAAGGCAGCCGAGCCUCAGAGCAAAGACGGCAAAACUGAAAAGACGGAGUAGUCCCGUCCACUUUGGGCCCCCCUCCCCCGUGCCUUGGAGCUGUGUGUGUGUGGGUGUGUG